UUCCCCGUAUCUCCCACACCCCCCGACCCCGUUCCGCCUCCCUCUCUCUCCGCGGGCGGCCGCCCCCACCGCAGACCCAACCGCAUCUCCGCCCCGGCGCCCCCCACCGCUCUUACAAAUACGCGACCCACCCCACCUCGACCGUCUCUUUCUCGCAUCGCCGCGCCGCUCCGCUCCGCUCGGCUCCCUCCCGUCCGUUCGUCGCCGUCGCCUCGCGGUCGCGCCACCGCCGACGCGCUCCGUCCUCCUCGCCACCCUCGGUUGCUGCCCGGGCCGGCCAGGCGGGAGGAGCAGAUGGGGGUGUAUCUCAGCACGCCCAAGACGGACAAGCUCUCCGCCGAUGGAGAGAACAGCCGCGUCCGCUUCGGCCUCUCGUCCAUGCAGGGGUGGCGGACCACCAUGGAGGACGCGCAUGCUGCGUUUCCAGACCUUGAUGACUGCACAUCCUUUUUUGGUGUUUAUGAUGGCCAUGGUGGAAAAGGCGUAUCAAAAUUCUGUGCGAGGCAUUUGCAUAAACAAGUGCUUAUAAAUGAUGCAAAUUCAUCCGGUGAUUUGCCGGCUUCUGUCCAUAAAGCUUUCUUAAGGAUGGAUGAGAUGAUGAAAGGGCAGAGGGGUUGGAGAGAACUAACUGAGUUGGGAGAUAAGGGAAACAAGAUCUCAGGUAUGCUAGAGGGCAUAAUAUGGCCUCCCAAGGGUGGUGAUUCAGAUAAGAUAGAGGAAGAUUGGGAUAAUGAGGAGGGUCCAAAUUCGAAUUUUCCUGGACCAACAUCUGGAAGCACAGCUUGUGUGGCUGUCAUAAGAAAUGAUCAGCUAAUUGUUGCAAAUGCUGGGGAUUCGCGGUGUGUUAUCUCACGGAAGGGUCAGGCUUACAAUUUGUCAACAGAUCACAAACCAGAUCUUGAGGGAGAGAAAGAGAGGAUUUUGGGUGCUGGCGGAUUUGUUGUUGCCGGACGGGUCAAUGGAAGUUUGAACUUAUCUAGGGCAAUAGGUGACAUGGAACUGAAGCAAAAUGAACUUCUGCCGGCCGAGAGGCAAAUCGUGACAGCUGAACCCGAAUUAAAAACAGUCCAGCUCUCAGAGGAUGACGAAUUCAUUGUUUUAGCUUGUGAUGGAAUUUGGGAUUGCAUGUCAAGUCAAGAAGUAGUUGAUUUUGUACAUAAACAGCUAAAGACUGAGGAUAAGCUAUCCAGUGUGUGUGAGAAGAUGCUCAACCGCUGUGUGGCACCUACAUCUGGUGGUGAAGGAUGUGAUAACAUGACCGUUAUUGUGGUUCAGUUCAAGAAACCAGCUUCAGCUGUUGCCACUUCCAGCACCGAGCAAUCUUCUGCCACUGCAGAAGAGAUGCGGCCCAAAAUUUGAGCCCUUGCCUUUGUGAACAGCGAGCUGGAUGGCCCAGACAACCCCCCGAAGUAGGCGUAAGUGGCACACCGUGCUGUGGAGCUCUAACCGGUGGAUGAUAGACAAAAAGGAUAGUGAGUGGUGUAUAUAAGAAAAGGGAUUCUAUUCGACAAUCUCUUAUAGGGUUUGUUCCUUCCUUCUUUCUAGUGUUCAGAGCCGUCGCAACCUGUAAUACAUGGCAUGUUGGUUCAUAAACUGGGGUUUUGUGAAAUGCAUUGAUGAGUUGUCAGAAAGUUA